AAUUAUUAACAACUAUAUUAUUAAAACAUCAAAGAGACAAUAAUGAAUAUUUAUUAGAUCCUGAACAAUUUCAACAAAUGAUUGAAUUAAGUGAACCAAAAUUAAAAGAAUUUUUUAAUGAAAUGAUUAAUGCUUUAAUUUCAAAAAAACAGCUUAUUAAAAAUAUAGAAAAAGCAAAAAAACAAGUAGUUGCAUAUUGUUAUUUGUUAGUUGGAAUAAGAAAUAAAUUUGCAAAUAAUUUUAAAUUAGAUCUUGGACUUUAUUUACAAUCAUCAGGAAUAACUAAUUCUGGAAUUAAUACAUUAUCAAAUAUUGAACUUAGUAAAUACAAGUCAACUGUGGAUGAUCAUAUAAAUAGCAAAUCUCAUCAAGAAAAUAAAACCAAGGCCAAACAAAGUUCUGUACAUACAUAUCAAAGAACUUUACAAACUACAUUAAGUGCUAAUGAUAAUAGACGAGCUAUUAUCAAGGAUUUAGUUGAAGUAAUGGCUAUUUUUGUUUCUAGUCUUGCCCGUAGAAGUCGCUAUGUAAUAUUUUUAAAAAAUCAUAGAAUUUUAGUAUCACAAAAGAUUCCACUUCCAGUUAUUACCCAUUGGAACACAUGGUUUGAAAUGAUUUAUUAUGUUUUUGAUCAUCUUUCUUUAAUUCAUAAUUUUUUUAAAGAAGAAUUAAAAAAUAACCUAACCGAUAUGUAUAGCCGAUUAGAGCAAUUAUCAGCCUAUCUUCAAUCAAAUUGUAAUUCUGAUUUUUUUUCUACUGAAUUAGAUAACACUAUUUAUCAACAUAAGGGUGAUCCUAUAGAAUUUUAUUCUAUAUUUCAUGAA